GGACUUUGCGCGUUGGGAGACUCGUCAAAACCUCCUUCCCAGCAGCAGCGGCGGGCGACAUGCACCAGCCUCUGCCGCCCCGGGAGUCCGCUAGGUUCGUGGCCGAGCGCAGCCGGGACGUGGCUGUGGAUGACACGAGCGUGCGCAGGACGGCAGAGCUUCUGCUGCCCGCGGCCUCGGGGCCGGCGCUGCGCGUGGACGGCUGGCGGGCGCUGCACGAGCUGAACCCCCGCGCGGCCGACGAGGCGGCGCUCAGCUGGGUGUUCGUGGUGGACACGCUCAACUUCUCCUUCUGGGCGGAGCAGGAGGAGCGCAAGUGCCUGGUGAGCUACAGGGGCAAGACCUACAGCGGGUACUGGGCCCUGUGCGCCGCGGUGAACCGCGCCCUGGACGAAGGGAUACCAAUAACGAGUGCCUCCUAUUAUGCCACGGUGACCCUGGACCAGGUUCGGCACGUAUUUCGUUCUGACACCGAUGUCCCCAUGCCUUUAAUGGAAGACAGGCAUCGUGUUCUCAACGAGGCAGGGACAAUUCUGUUGCAGAAGUUUGGAGGCUCUUUCCUUAACUGCGUCCGAAAGAGUGAAAAAAGCGCGCAGAAGUUACUGCAGCUGGUUGUUGAAAGUUUUCCUUCUUACAGAGAUGUGACUGAAUUUGAGGGGAAAAGAGUUGCCUUCUACAAACGAGCGCAGAUCCUUGUGGCGGACACCUGGAGCGUACUAGAAGGCAAGGGGGAUGGCUGCUUCACAGACAUUGCCAGCAUCACCAUGUUUGCUGACUACCGAUUGCCACAGGUCCUCGCCCACCUGGGAGCCCUGAAGUACUCCGAUGAACUGCUGAAGAAGCUUUGCAGAGGAGAAAUGCUGUCAUAUGGAGAUAAGCAGGAGGUGGAAAUCAGAGGGUGCUCUCUGUGGUGUGUCGAGCUGAUCCGGGAUUGUCUUCUGGAGCUUAUUGAGAAACAGAGUGGAAAGCCUAAUGGCGAGAUCAACUCCAUCCUCCUGGAUUAUUACCUGUGGGACUAUGCCCGGGACCACAGGGAAGACAUGAAAGGGAUUCCGUUCCAUCGCACACGCUGCAUAUACUACUGAUCCAGCUGUGACUUACCCUGACUCGUUGGGAGCAAGCCAGUGAGAUGAUAGGACGUUUGUUCAACUUGGCUUUGGUAUUAGGAGAAGAGGGUAAAAAUUACACAAAAAAAUUUUUUUUUGCAGUUUCACUUCAUGGUUUCUUUCCUGAGCUAGGUGCAGUGGUGUACCUAGCUACUUGGGGAGCUGAGGCAGAAGGAUCUUUCUUGAAGUGAGCACAGGCAACACAAACCCAUGUGCCAUCUCCAAAAAAAAAUUGGAGACAUAGUAGCUUCUUUUUUUAAAAUCAGAUUUUAUUGGUACUUUUUAUGUAGA